CUCUCUCCUCUCCUAGCCUGCGCUCCCACUCCUUUCGUCUUGUCCUUAACGAGGUCACUCUCCCCCGCGAACGACCUCGACGACACUCAUUGGCUUGCAAGUGUGCAUGACCGUUCUGGUGGUACGCAGUUUCCUGAUCACUAGGACGCAUUCCGAACGGCUUAUCCAACUUUCUUCGGAUCGCUUCGCGCCUUGUCGUAAUCUCUCCACCGUCCCGCACAUUGCAUGACCAUUCUCUACUGCUCUUCGACUCUUCUGGUUAGUUCUCCUUCAGAACCGUCGGAGUUGUCUCGGUCGGCACCGUAUGUCAUAGCGUUCCCUGUGCUCAGGUGAGUGUCCGGCUCGCUACUCCUUGCUCUGCAUCUCCAUUGACCGUGCAUCGUGUUCGCGAACUCUCUCUGUCUCCUCGUGUUCUUCAACCCCGCAUGAUCGACAGUCUUAGCAUUACCGGGCCCAAAACGCAUCGUUCCCCCCGACACGUUCGCUCAUGGCCACAGCAAUCCUGCCUUCUCAGAAACCUAGCGCGCACAUCUCCGGUCCCUUUCAUAUGGCGCCUUCAUCCAACAUAGACGCGCCGUCUUCUCGUCGAGCAGCUGUCGCGUCUCCAUCUCGGCACCAGCCAUCAAAUUCCCAGCCGUCCUCCCCCACGCCAUCCGAAAACCGUCAACGAACAUUCAGUCGCCUGCGCACGUCGCUUGAGAAUACCCUUCGCACAGGGAGUAGGCUGCGAAGCAAAGCAUCCGUGGAUGAAGUAGGCACGAUCUCGGCGGGCAAGGGCAAGGAGAGGGCCGCUCCAGGGUCAGAGGACGUGGUGGUAACGAAGGAGAGAUCGAAAGCAAGCAUGUUAUCUAAGGUUUCUUUCCGCCGCCCUGGUGGUAAAGAACCCACUGCCCAAUUAGCUGCCUUGCCCGCUGCAUCCGGCUCCAGGGUAGAAGUGAACAAAGUGGAGAGAGAUAGGGACAAGGGCAAAGUUCGUGAGGCAGGCCAUACACCCUUCGAGGCGCCAUCGCUCCGGCAGGCAAGCAUGUCUUCACCCGCCGUCCAUCUCGCCUCGGAGGCCUUCCCGUCGCCGUACUCUCAGCCGUUCGCGCUGCCCGCCGCGUCGUCCUCCAAUGUCUCAGCUUUGAUCUCUCCACCCCGGGAACGACUAAGGAAAGCGAAUGACAAAGGCACCAUCAACGCAAAGGGGAUCAGCACCCCACUUCCCCUAGCUGCGAAGCGAGAUUCUCGGUCCAACGGCACGUCCUCACCUUCGGUGGAACCCAAAGCUCCCAAGCACAGACCACCACCUGUGUCGACCGUACUAGCCAACGCCGGAACACCGAGAGGGCGUGCUUCACUUGAUUCUCAGCGGGACACGUCGACUUCAAGUCGAACGCGGGCGGGUCCACGCUCGGCAGACUUGAUACCACCAUUGCCAACACCGAAAGCUGGACACGUUGCGGCGACACUUACGAAGCGAGCCGCAGCAAGCACGAGCCAUCUGCCCUUGGGAGAUAACGCUCCCGGCUCAUCAACAGCCCCGGGUCCCUUGAAUCCACGGCAACAUCGAUCACCUUCUCGCACUCCGACACAUCGAGCUCAACAGCCGUCCGCCUCGGUAUCAAGCUCGCAUCUCCCCCUAUCUUCGUCCACACCUACAGCAGUGCGCAGACCAUCUGGCGAAGUCCUACGGCGAUCCGUAGAAGUCCCCAGAAGGAGCGUUUCACCGGCUACAUCUCGCGCAGCUUCUCCUUCCACAUCCAUACGACCCAGUGCGCCAUCGCCUUCACAACGCAACUACUCACCUGUCUUUGGACAGUUUCGCGGCGUCAACGCUUCCACGACGUCUUUGGCAACGGCAGCCACAGCUGAACACCGCGAGCUCGUGCGGAAUGCGUCUAGUUUGCUUGUCAAGGAAAUGCUGAAGCCGCCAUCGCAAGUACGAGAUUUUGGAUUGGAUUCGAAGGAGUACGAAGAGGUAGAGGUUCGGUUGCGGUCGUUAGCAAGGUUGGAGAGGAUAUGGGGAAAGAGCGGGAUGGGGUCUGUGAAUACCACCCUGGCGGGUUAACAGGGUUGGGUGCGGGUGGUGAGGAGCGGGAGCGAAGGCAUUUCGGCGAGGCCUUGCGGGACGGUUAUGUACUCUGCCAGCUCGCAAACAAGCUGCAUCCCGGUCUCAUUUCCCGAGUCGACAAGCGCGAAGAUGGGUUUGUGCGGACGUCCAACGUCACCAAGUUUCUCGCCGCCUGCUCGUCCCUGGGCGUUCCCCCCGAGGAGUUGUUUCACCGAGAUGAUCUCAUCGAGAGUACGCCAGACUCUAUGGCCCGCGUUGCGAAGAGCAUCAUGGCGCUGCUACGAGUUACGGAGUUCCCAUCAAUCGACAAGUCGAAGUUUAUCCAGGGUCAGGGCUCGCCAGUGCAUCGAUCGCCGAACAAUCCGUACGGUCACGGUACCCUCAACAGGGCAGCUGCGUCGACGCCAAAUCUUGGCACGGCACAGCGUUCCGUUUCUCCACCCACGCUUGGCACACCGAGGCAGAGGAAGCGAAUUAGCCCGCCUCACCCCACUCUACCGACGGUGCGGUCCGAUAGCCCUAACGAGUCGGACUCAGAGGGCAGUAAGACCGCGGGACAUCUGGAGAGCUCCAAAGGUCCAAGCGACAGCGAGGCAGAUGAUGUCUAUCAAGCACCUCGACUUCCGUCUCGGACCCCCUUGCGCCCCAAGGCAGCAGUGGCGGCGGACAGGACCUCUGUGGCCGACUCCACACGGGCAUCGGUCGGCGACUCCAUUCGUGCUUCGCUGGCAGACUCGCUGGUGCCUUCUUCAGCAAUGCGCCAGUCGACUUCGUCCAGCCAGAUGACGGACACCACGGGCACCUCGAGCCUUCUGGACCUGCGGAGCAGGCGCAACAGCGAGUCGCAGAACAGCAGGUUCGGGACGCUCAGGACAAUGACCACCGAGGCCACAUCGUAUAUUCCGUCGGAGAACACUUCGCUCAGCCAGACUGAUGCCAAGUUCCUCGCAGAGGAGAUGUCCAGGUGGCGAAGUGCAGAGUUACAGAGGCCUCCGCGCGAGCGAAGGCCGAGUGAGACUGCCGUUGCAGACCUGACGAGGGUGAUCGAGGAGGUAGAGGAUAGCAGUACGAGCGCCAAAGCAGCGAGUCGGACACGAAGUUCAAAUGGCAACGGCUCGGCGGAACCAGCACCGCAGAGACCCAAGCUGUCAGCGAUUAGGAUGGGGAAGGGCAAGUGGCCGGACGAUUUCUUGGAUGCUUUUCCUGCUCAGAGGGAGCCUAGCACCGCCUUCUUGGACGAAGAGGACCUGCGCCCGCCAUCUCCACUAUCGCAAUCCCCUCGACCACUGUCACCGCCGGCGUCGCCGCUGUCCAUCUCGCCGCCGCGAAAGCUUGUCCUCGGUGGUGCAUCGCGAUCUAAUGGGAGUGUCGAGUCCUUACCACAGUUCUCACGCCGGCCAAGUCACAGGUCGAGGCACAGCGUCGACACGCCGGGCUUGUUGUCCAAGUCCGACGUCCUGCAUCGCGGAGAUUCGAGUCCGGAUGGUAGCGGCGUCUCUGGCAGCCCGAGGAUCAUGCUCAGGCGGAGCAGCACGAGGGCCGGCCCUAUGAAUCGUAACGGCAUCUACAUCCCGCGCAACGACUCGGAGGACCCGCCUCCUCCUAGCGACGACACAAUCUCUGUACCAUUCCCAUCGAGGAGGGCAUCGGGCGAGGCGUCGCCGAUCCCGUCGCAGGCCGUGCACUUCUCGCCAGACCUGGUCGCGAAGACGUCGUCGGGUGCAUUGGCAGAGGAGCGUCCGCGCAUGCCCAGAGGCCGCUUCCAGAGCGAGAUCGACGGCUCCAGCUCGCGGCGGCGACCCCGCCCACAGUCGUUUGACGAUUCUGGCGCGAGGCCUCGUCGAUCGCGGUUCGAGAGCAUGGUCAACUUGGGCGCCGCCAGUGGCACUGCGAGUGCGAGCGAUCUCAUGCCCCGGAACGAAGGCAGCGCUGUCCGCCAGACGUUGAUUGUCAAGGAGGACGGCAAGCUUUCGACACAAUUUCAACUUGGCAACUGCAUCGGCAGAGGACAGUUCGGAGCGGUAUACAGAGCGCUGAAUCUGAACACGGGUCAGAUGGUUGCUGUUAAGCGCAUCGGCUUGGAUGGUUUGAAGGAAGAGGAGAUCUCGCAGCUCAUGAAGGAGGUCGAUCUCGUUAAGAGUCUUUCACAUCCGAGCAUCGUCAAGUACGAGGGCAUGGCUAGGGAUGAAAACACACUGAGUAUUGUGCUCGAGUACGCCGAGAACGGCUCGCUCGGCCAGACCCUCAAGGCGUUCGGCAAGCUGAAUGAGCGUCUCGUGGCGGGUUACGUCGUCAAGAUCCUGGAAGGUCUGCACUACCUGCACCAGAGCGAUGUCGUGCACUGUGACCUGAAGGCUGCUAACAUCUUGACGACGAAGAACGGGAACGUGAAGCUCUCGGACUUUGGUGUCUCUCUCAACUUACGCGCGAUGGAGAGGGAGAUGAAGGAUGUCGCCGGCACGCCGAACUGGAUGGCUCCCGAGGUAAUCGAGCUCAAGGGCGCUUCCACCAAGUCGGACAUCUGGUCGCUUGGUUGCACAGUCAUCGAGCUACUGACGGGCCGUCCUCCGUACGGCGAGAUUGCCAACACUAUGUCCGUCAUGUUCCGUAUCGUCGAAGAUGAUAUGCCUCCGCUCCCUGAUAGCAGCUCGGGUCUCCUCAAGGACUUUCUGCGCCAGUGCUUUCACAAGGACCCCGGCAUGCGCCCUAACGCAGAGGAUCUGUGCGAGCACGAGUGGCUCAGGCAGAACUGGGCUGCGCACAACAAGGAAAUCCGCCCGCAGGACAGCAUUCCCUUCCUGCGCCGCGUCAGCGCGGAUCUGCAGAAGUCCGAGGUCAUCAAAUACCUCGCCAAGGUUGAGAUGCCUGAGCUUGACCGCGUCACCCCUCGUUCUACGCCUGAGAUUGCGCCGCAGGCGCCUAUAUCUCGCCGGCUAUCUCACGAUACUCUCACCCCCCGUGACCAUACGUUUGUGAAGACGACCUUUGCGAAGCCGGUGAUCUGUCGCGUCUGCCAUUCAAGUGUAAAGAAGAAUGCCGUACUGUGUGAAUCGUGCAGCCUCAUCUGCCACACUCGCUGUUCCCAUAAUGCUCCUCCCACCUGUGACCUUCGUGCCCAGCUACUUCUCUACGCCCAAUAUGCGGAGAAUGGGACUCCCAACAGUGCAUUCAGCAAUCCUCUCGAGUUCCUUGCUGCCCAUAGCGCGCUCCAUACCCCGCCAACGCCCAUGUCCGAUGCCGGAAUGUCCUCCAGGACCAGUGUCGAUGCCUCCGUUACUUCUUAUACUACGCCUCCACAUUCGCCUCCGCCUCCUCACCAUCCUCCUACGGCCUUCAAAGUUCUUAAGGCUUUCAAACGCUCCCGAUCUUCCCUUAACAACCAUAACGACACUGACCAGACCAGCACGUCCAGCCCGUCCAGGAACUUAUCUCGGAAGACCUCAAUCUUGAGACGCAACCCGCCUCCUCCAGUCCAGGAGCGCCCCUCUUCUAUCGCCAGCAGCAGCACAUCCCCGCCAAGCUCGAGUCUGCGCAGCGCCGUGACGGCCGAGAGCUUCCAAAGCCGACCCGAGACCGUGCGUCGGUCCGCGAUCUCCAUCGUGGAGACUGAUGUCUCUGUCGGAGAGCGCACCGACCACCGGCUUUCUAGAAUGACCUCGUUCUCGGGUGUAUCCAUGGUUGACACCGAGGAUGCACGGUCCUUUGCCGCAACAGGUGAAACGUUCUCGGGCACCAUGCGGGACAGCGGGAAGAGACGCGAAGCGAAGGGCGACAAGAGCGGGUGUCUCGUGCAGUGAAUGCUCCUCACUCCCUUCCUCUCCUGUGAUAUCUAUAUUUUUGCCCCCUCUUUGUGUCAUAAACGCUUUGUCUUCUUGCUAUGCUCUGGAUAUUCUUUCGCAUCAUACUCGUGUAUCAUAUACCAUUCACGCACAUGCAGCUCCUUCCAUUGCAAUUUCUCAUCAUCACUCAGAGACCCUUUGUUCGCGUACAUAUCGCUUCAGGUCGCCCUUAUGUUCACGGCCUCUGUAAUUGAUUCCUGCAGUAAUCGCAUGUCUCCGUCACUCAAUAAUUUCUCUGGUCCUCGUAAUUUUUCUGCUCUUCAGUUUCAUGUCUGG